AUCAUCACUAAAGGUCAAUAAAUCACAAUGGGUAGAGAUCACACCACCAAGCAACACGCUAGAUCCGGUCACAGAGCCGCUCCAAAGUCCGAUAACGUCUACUUAAAGUUAUUGGUUAAGUUGUACACCUUCUUAGCUCGUCGUACUGAUGCUCCAUUCAACAAGGUUAUCUUAAAGUCUUUGUUCUUGUCUAAGAUCAACAGACCACCAGUUUCUGUCUCCAGAAUUGCCCGUGCUUUAAAGCAAAAGGGUUCUGCUGAAAAGACCAUUGUCGUUGUUGGUACCGUUACCGAUGACAACAGAUUAUUGGAAUUCCCAAAGGCUACUGUUGCUGCUUUAAGAUUCACCGCUGGUGCCAAGGCUACCAUCUUAAAGAACGGUGGUGAAGCCAUCACUUUAGAUCAAUUAGCUUUAAGAGCUCCAAAGGGUCAAAACACUUUGAUUGUCAGAGGUCCAAGAAACGCCAGAGAAGCUGUUAGACACUUUGGUUUCGGUCCACACAAGAGAAAGGCCCCAAGAAUCUUAUCCAAGGGUAGAAAGUUCGAAAGAGCUAGAGGUAGAAGAAACUCCAAGGGUUUCAAGGUUUAAAUUAGAUAGUUUGUUUUUACAACUUUAUAAUUUAAUACUGGGAACUAUUUGGGCUGUAAUUUCUUUAAUUCCUUAUUUCCUUAGGGUAGCUCCCGUUUAUAUAUAUAAUCAUGUAUAAUGUAUAAUACAAUAAAAACCGGGGGAAGCUUUUUAAUUUUAGUUUACGUUUUAUAAAUAGGUUUUUAACAUGAGUGUUUUUUUUUGCAAUUAUAGACUUUACUAUGUAAUCUUGAGGUUGAAUUUUGCAAUAAGAUGUCACACACACCACUUUCCUAAUUGGGAAAGCGCCAUCAGCCGCACGCCGGGUUGCUUUUGAUAAUGACCCUCUCUCUUUCUCUGUCUCCCCUGAGUCAUGUAAUUAUGACCAUCUUUAGCAAACUACCAGCUCCAAACUAGCAACAAUUCAUUACAUAUCGAGAACAGCGUAAAUAUGAAGAAUAAUUUAUUGGAUCAACCACCACCUGGCAGCAUACACUUUGAUGACCUCCCCAUGGAAAUCAUUAAUCAAAUCAUUUACUGGAUUUCAGAUACAGAUCUAGAUCUAAACCUUGAUCCUGCCAUACCUACCCACAGGAGCAAAAAUAACAGCAGUCCCAAAUAUGUGUAUGUGUUGAACCAUGUCCGAUGUACAGGUUACUAUUCCACAUUGGUCAGUUUGAGUUCUACCAAUUCAUUUCUUCGCCAGAAACUAGGUCCAAUUCUAUUCAAGAACAUCAGUUUGAUAAGGAUCAAUCUGAUUGACUCCGUUCUUUGCAAUCCUAAACGACUGGAAUUCUACUCUGAUAAGAAGAAAUACCAACGAGAGUUUAUCAAGGAGUUGUUGGAGACAAACUUCCAAGCGUGUACUACCGAAGAACUAGCAAGAACCAGUUUCAAGCUGCAUAUUCUAGGAGAUGCGACUUAUAAAAGCAGGUUUGAGUUGAAAUUUGCUAUGAGCAACUAUGUCACCUACCUUGAAUGUGAUAAUUCUGUAUUGCGUGGCUCCACUCUUUCAUUAUUCCCCAAUUUGAAAGCACUAAAGGUAUUGGAUGAAGCAUCUGAAGAUCCCUUGGUUGGUAAUUACCAAAUUGAAAACCUUGACUACUUGGCGAUAAAUGCACGCACAUUAAUGAAUUGCGCCAAGAUGUUGAAAUUGUUGCCCAGGCUCAAACGAUUGGAUUUGUUAUUGGACUACUGCGAGAUACCCAUUCAUCUAGGGCUAACUAAGAUAAUCGACGAAUUCAGAAACGCAGACAAGACCAACCUAACCGAGCUUGCAUUGAAUUUAAACAGCUCGUUUUCAAUUGCAUAUGAAGACACAAUCACUCUUCUCGAUGUCAUUUCCAACAACAGCGAGUUGACGAUAUUGUCUCUUCGCACCAAAAGGAGGAAAUAUUUUGAUUACCCCAGACAAGAUCAGAGCAGAUGGCCGCUAUACCGUAGUUACAGUGGUGACAAGUUCUUAUUAUUUUUGAAAUCGUUGGACCAUCUCAUUAUCGAUAUACCCAUAUUGGAAGUGUUGCGAUUUCAUCCUCAUACUUACAACAGAUGUCCGGAUGCAAGUGUGGAAUGGGAUAAGAUGCGCACUAAAACGUUAACUUUGGUGGAUCAGGCGCUGAUUGGUCCUCAAUUCUCGACGUAUUCACGAGACGGAGCUGGGGUUUUAUUUCAAGCUGCGCAAUUCACCGAACUCAACUUUCAGUAUGGCGAAGCGCUCGAGGAAGGACAUCUUCAUGCAUUGAAGUUGGUUUCUGAUUUCGUCCAGUUCAUGGUUGAUUGUGGUGGUAGUGACAAUAGAUGCAGGGGAUACGCCGGGUUGAAGAACCUAGCUAUCGAGAAAUGCUGGUCAGUUACCGACGACUCGAUUCGAAGAGAGUAUUACUGCAAUAUCAUGUUGAAAUUGAAUGCCCUUGAAGAUGUCACUAACCAAAGUACAAAGUACAAAUUGGCUUCUGCAGCGGUGUGGAGCAGGACUCCAUUCAACUCGCCAAGAUAUAGAAUUCGUGAUGUGUAUGGUAUAACAUACAAGGAGCAUAGAAAUCUGUUUGAUGGGGCUAUUCCCGCUCGGUCGCAUAGGUAUGAAGCCGUUUUCCACCCCAAAGCUGACCUGGCUAACAACAACGUAUUUUGGAGUAUCGAGACAUCGCUAGCGGACUUUGAACAGUAUACAGUUCGUCAAAGAAAGUCUAGUUUAUGGAAUUAGCAAUAUAUAACACUAGUAG